AUGGAAUCUAACACCACUGUUCUCAAUUCUUGUUUCAAUUUGAUGAGAAGAUUGUCUCCGAACGAUAUUAAGAAAAACGUAGCCGGAUUAGCUGCUUUGAUUCAAAAUGAGGACCUUAGAUACGAAGUCAUUCAAAAAAUAGAUCAACCACUAGAGAGUGAAUUUGAUACAGUUGCUAAUCAAUACUACUUGAAGUGUGAGUACAAUCGUGAUGGGGAUUCCUACAGAUCUCCCUGGUCUAAUAAAUAUUUCCCUCCUAGAUCAGAUGAUGCAGUCUAUCCCUCUAACGAAAUCCUUGGAAUGGAGCAAAAAGCUAAUGAUGUCUUUCAAAGAUAUGCACAAUUGUAUUUUGAUUAAGCCUAAACCAGCGUUUAUUUCUUUGACACUGAAAUUGGCUUUGGAGCAUGCUUCUUGGUGAAGAAAGCUCUUGAGGAGAAAAAGGCAAGAUAUAGAGUUGUAUCCACAGUAUUUCUUAAAAUGCUUAGCAAUAAUCCUGUUUAUGGAAAUUUAGAAAUAGCUGGAAAUCUCUCAAGAUCUAAAGAGGAAACCUACAACUUAGAUGCCAAAAGUGGAGAUGAAUUCCAUAUUGCAAACAUCGGUAAAUUGAUUGAAGCAAACGAGACUGAGAUAAGAACUGAGAUGGACGGUAUUUAUAUAAACAAAACUAAGUAGAUCAUCAAUACUGGCAGACUAAGGGAAGAGUAUAUGACUAAAGAGGAGAAGCUAAACUUCCAAAGAGAGCUUUAGGAAGCCAUGAAUCAAAUGAAAGUAGAUAAAAAGGUGAUCUUAUCAAACGCUAAAUAAGCCAAGUGGAUUCUUGGAAGCUUUUUAGUAGGCACCUUGUUCAUGCAACAAGUUGUAUACAAGAGAAUGCUCACCUAUCACGAAGUCUUCGGUUAUGAUGGUAAUGGAGGAAAAAUGCUGAAAAUUAUCACCAACUUGACUGAUGAGGAAAUCGCUAGACUUAAGUAUGUUAGAAGAUUGAACUGGCACUGGAGAGGCAGCAGAAAGAUGGAUGCUGGUAGAGAUGUCAUUUAGACUCAAGAGCUUUCAGACAGAGGUAUCAACUGGCCAUAGGAAACGUACAUUGAAUAUGAGAAAAGACCACCUCACGACAAAUAUCUCUGA